GCAACGUGUAUGGUUUGAAUGACUUAAACCAAGUUCCUGUUUCCUUUACAGAACUGUAUGUUUUUGUAGUCAGCGAGCGUCUGGAUUUUUCAUUGUGAUGUACAGCAGCUAAAGAAGUUAUUGUAAUAUAUACACUCUGCUUUCUGCAUAAAUAAAAAGGGCUAUAUGCUCCAAACAAUAAUUAUAUUUCAUCUGACUAUUCACAGUGAAAAUCUCAGCCUGUUUGUAUCUGUGGAGCAUUUUCUUGAGAAGAUUCAAACUCCAUUGAACGGGAAAUAAGCACGGUGUGGAGGGAAGGAUGGCUUCUCACAACAUGACAUGGAUUGGUUACCCAAGCAAGAACUUGGCUUUCAACUCCCCAGAAGAAUUCGAAGCCUUCAUAGCUUCUCAAAAUGUCAUAUCAAGACUUAUGCACUGUUACAUCGCUUUUUUUGUACCAACAGGAUUAAUAGCUGGCAUAUGUAUUUUGAUCAUUUUCAUAAAGAAUUAUGUGCAGCACAAAGUCAUAGAAAACUUAGACUUGCUUCUUCUAGACUUCACCAUCAGCAAUAUUAUAAUGAUUCUUUUAUCAUUUACUGUCAUCACUAGACCUGACUAUUUAAAAGCAACUCACCUCGCGUGUAACGUACUGUCAUUCUUUUUCAACUUCAGUUAUUUCAAUUCUCAGUAUGUUUUCUUGCUGACACUCCUCAUGCUAUUACUCCAGAGAUUUCCACCAAGGACUGCUCUCAGCAAAGCAACCCAAAGACCCAUAUUGUGUGUUGGAUUUGUACUUAUAUACGCCUUCUGCUUGUCACUGACUGAGGCAGUACUGGUUGGCACAGAUAACUACCACUUGGCAACAGACUGCCAGUUAGAUCCAUUAUUUGCAUGGCCUGAAUAUGAGAUCAUUAAAUUCACCUUUGGAUUUGCAAUCCCAUCAUUUCUUCAGAUACUCUGUUUUACUGUUCUCUUUGUCAAAGAAGCACGUGCUGAAGCUCCAGCCUUUCAACAGCACAUUCGUACUUACCCUGCUGUGUACAUUAUAAGCAUAACCAUACUUAUAAGCCGUCUCUUUUACAACCUUAUGCUUCUCUUCAGGACAACAUUCAAAUUACGGAAGAGCAUUGGAACUCCAAAGAAUGAGCUUGUGAUGAAUAUUGCAGAAAUAGUGUUGUUCUGUGAGAGCUGUGCUAGUUUGGUAUUUACACUUUGUUUUCAUAAACCAUGCAAGGAUGAAAUACUUAAAGUCAUCCAGAACUGCCGAAGGAAAAACACUGCCAACAAUCACCUGGAAAUACCAGUAACAGCUACAACUGAUGAAAAUGGGUCUCAGUAAUACCUGCUGUUCUCAAGAACUGUCAAUCCAUUUUACUUUUUAGUUUGUUUGUGGGUUUUGGAUAGUUUUUUCACUUUUUUAAAAAAGGGUAAUUGUUCCCUCUUUAGAAAUCAAACUUGGACCGUCUUACAGCUAGCAGUUCUGACCUAAAAAAAGAUUCUUAGUGCUAGUAUUAGCAGUGAUCUAUGAGAAAACAUGCAAGGUCUGAGGGUUUUUUGCAUAUAUAUAUAUAUAUAUUUAAAUCAUCUACAGCAUUACUUUAAAGCCAAGUAGUAAGAAAAGUACUGCUGCCAUAGAAGUGUGCUUCUGUAAUAUUACCAAUGCCCCAGCAAAGAUGCAAACAAAAACAUAGCAGAAAGCAACUUUGAACAAAGGUAAAAAUCUGCAGCCAAAGCAUUUUCUCAGGUGUGCUGCUUCUUCUGAUUUCUUACCCUACAAACUACUUAUUUUUAUAACACUGGUAAAUUCCAGUAGCAGCAGCAGUGAAGUAUGGCUUAAGAAUCCAUUAUAACCCUGAAAUAGCAUGUAAUACUAUAAGUCUACUGUAGCACUUGAUUAUAUAUAUGCACACACACACAAACUAAGCAUUUCUUCCCUUUUUCCAUUUUCUUCUUCUAUUUUUGAUGGAGCCCUUAAGGUUUUUGUCUCAAUUCUUGUGCCAAAAAAAAAAAAGAAAUAAAUUUCAAAUUAAUGGAAAGGCUGGUCCAUAAAGGAAAGCUUUGGCUCCUUUGUGAGGCACUGAACUGGAAAGAUCAACAGGAUGGCUAAUUAAAACUCUGCACAAGAAUGAAAGCUUUUUGUUAAUGUACUCUAAGCUUCAACUCUGCAUUAAGACUUAGAGCAAUUAUUGAUUUAAGCCAUUCUUGAUGAGUUCAUUCCGAAGUAUGAAGUCGCAUGCCUUGGAAGAGUCCCACAAUAAUAUACUAACUAAAAGAAAGGAGAAAAGCCAGGCCAGAACAGUAGAAGUGAGGGAUGUUUGAAACUGGGCAGAACCCCAGGCUCAAACUGAAAUCAGGGCUCUGCUGGAGGCAAGGCAGGAGCAUAAUACAUUUAGUUUAGAAUUCUUGGGUAAAUGGUGCAAAAUGGGGAAGAAAAUCUGAAUCAGCAAAUAAAACAGCUGUGGUAUAGGAGUUCAGCUGUAGCCCUGCAGAAUCUGUAGCCAGUGCAAGCCAAGAUGCAGGUGUGAAGUUUUAAACACUUACUUUGAGCACAUUGUUACUUUAACUGAAUUUGGCCAGGAGCAUCUUAGACAUUAGGUUUUGGUUUCAGCUUUUCCUCUCUAGAGCUGGAGAGAACUGAAACAACAGGGAAGUUACAAAAUUGUACUAGGGCAUGUAGUGACAGGACAAGGGGGAAUGGCUUUAAACUGACAGAGGGGAGAUUCAGAUUAGACAUUAGGAAAAAUGAGGGUGGUAAGACACUAGAACAGGUUGCCCAGAGAAGCUGUGGAUGCCCCACUUUCCAGGACAACCCUUUUCUGGGCAGCAGUGGAAGGUGUCCCUGACCGUGGCGGGGGGUUGGAACUAGAUGAUCUUUAAGGUCCCUUCCAACCCAAACCAUUCUGUGAUUCUAUAAUUCUAUAAAGAUGCGGACUUAGACUGCACAGUUAUAAAAAUACAGCGGUGUGAUGAGGAAAGCUCAAGUGACCUGAAUGCUUCUGAGAAAAGCCACUUUGAUGCUUAAAUAUGUGCCUUUGCAUGACACCCGGAUGCUAAUGGAAGUGACAGAUUUGGUUUUGCAGUUGUAUGCUUUGAAAGGUCUUCCUGACAGGGUCCAGAUUUGUGUGGAGAGCUGGUGCAAAUCAGCAUAGGCUGCCUGAGACAAAGUGAGCACUGAUCAGUCAAGAGGAACAUCUUCCAUAAAACAACAGCCAAGUGCAUAAAUGGAAGAAUUAUAUUUGUUCAAUAGUAAUACUGUAUCUACAUCCAGUAUUUAGAUAUGUGGAGCUAGUCUUAGACAUCCAAGUCCUGAAAGUUAUGGCCUAGGACUGCAUCCCAUGUAAAUAAAAGGCAAUACAUAGUCUUUGGUCGGCUGUGACCAUAAGGACCAACGUUUCUGCGAGAUGCAAAAAUCAACUGGUAAGAUGUCUGCACUGUAUUACGUCAGCCUGUUUUCCUGUUCAAUUUUGUUCUGCUGCCAGCAUGAACAGAUGCCUCAUUAAAGGACACUACGUAUAAACGGACCAUUAUAGAACCUGGUCAGAAAGGAAGUAUGUAGAUAAUCUUCUCUUUGAAUAUAAGACCCAAUUUCAUACUUGUGAAAGGAUUUCUCAGCUGCCAUCAGAGGUUUUGUUUUGCACCUGAGAAGGAGAUUAAACAACAUGGACAGAAUAUCAGCCCUGCAGAAAGAAGUUUGAAGAGAUGAGUUCUAAGAGCUGUAGAUCAGUGAAAAAGCUGACAGACUGAGUGAAAGAGUAUGUCAGAAGAUGCAAGCUGUUUAUCCCAAUUCACAAGAAUAUCAUAGUUUCAGCUGUGCCAUGGAUAAGUAGGUUAUUUUCUAGUGUGGGAAUUAUGCUCAAAGGAUUCUACUUUAUUCACUGCUUCUAUAUAUUUUCUAUUUGAGGAUGAAAGAAUAAAUAUUAUGUUGUUUCUGA